CUGUGGAAUGGAGUUUGGCUGUAGAUACAUUUAUGUAGAUGAUUCCAGAGGUGAUAAUAAUGUGCAGCUAGAAAGCCACCUGUCUCCAGUACCAGUGUCCCAGAAUGGUGCCGUCCUUAGCCCACAUUUAUAUGACCAUUUCCAUCCUGAAGAGAAACCCAGAAAUGAUGCAGAAGUUGAUGGGUUACAACAUUGCACUGUCUCCCCGGAAUCUAAUGUACUCCAGGACUUGCAGCCAAUAUCUCCUGCACAAUUAGAAGAUCAGAAGACAUCUCCUCCUGUUCCACAAAGAAGGAAAAAAUCCACAGUGUCCGCACCUCCUGAUCCCAAUCAGCCACACUGCAGACUCCCUCCAGAACCUAAUACACACAUGGGCUUGCGACCAAAGUCUCCUGUGCAGUUACAUGGCCAGGAGACACCACCUCCUGUUCCCGCUCGCAGACAAAUGGCUGCAAAAACAGGUGUGACUGAGCCUGAAACACAUGCAUAUGAGUAUGCCACCUGUGAAGACUCAAUCCCUGAUGGUGUGACUGAGCCUGAAACACAUUCAUAUGACUAUGCCAUCUGUGAAGACUUAAACCCUAAUGGUGUGACUGAGCCUGAAAUGCAUUCAUAUGAUUAUGCCACCUGUGAAGACUCAAGCCCUAAUGACCUGCCCCAGGGUGUAAGCAUGGCACCUAAUGACCAUAGUUACUUGGAAGUUCUGCCGGCUGUAUCCACAGAAAUGAAAAUGCCGACGACAUCAGUGAACCUUCGAGACCAUCCAAUGGCAACCUCACCUGUACCGCCUAUUGAAAGGUUGCCAGCCAACUGCAACAUACUGCUUCUGAACAUAGGAAAGAUGGUUGAAAACUCUGAUACUGAUAUCAGAGCAUCCCCAUUGCUGUGCAGUGGCUGCUCUGCCACCUGCUCGAAGCUCAAUCAUGUAGAUGAUACCAAGACAUGGACUUGUGUUUUCUGUGCUGCUACAAACCACUUGUCCGAUGAUAGCAUAUUCAAGAGUAGAGAAGAAGGAGAUGAACUCUACGCUGCAGACUCCCAGUCUGGGAAUGAAUAUUCAUUUGUUGACCAAACCAUGAUCAUAUUUUGCAUUGAUAUAUCAGGAAGCAUGAGUGUGACCACAGAGGUAACACAAGACCAGAGCAAUGAUUAUAAUAUAAUGUACAAAACAAGAAUGGAGGCUGUCAAAUCUGCAUUGGAUCAAACUCUGGAUUUUCUGCAUAAGCAGAAUUCUAAAAAGAGAGUAGCACUGGUAACCUUCAGUGACCAGGUGAAGAUAUAUGGUGAUGGCACUAUACAGCCACUGGUGCUGCAUGGAGCUGAACUGUUAGAUCCAGAUCAUUUGAAAGCACAAGGUGAAGACCAACCCAUGCCAGACCCACUAGUAAAUAAUCUGCAUGCCCUGAAAGAAAUAAUUCAAUGCCUGAAAGAAAAAGGAGCUACAGCACUGGGACCUGCAGCUCUGGUUUCAAUAGCAAUGGCUUCCAAGAGUCCAGGAUCGAAGGUGAUUAUCUGCACAGAUGGCAGAGCUAACACUGACCUAGGCAACCUGGAGGAUAUUUCAGAGGAGUAUGUCUACCAGUCCUCCAAGUUUUACUAUAGUAAUUUGGGAGACUUGGCUCUUCAGCACAGUGUGGUUGUUUCUGUGGUGACGAUAGAAGGAACUAACUGCCGACUGCCUGAGUUAGGACAGCUUGCGGAUAAAACAGGAGGCAAGGUGAAUAUUGUGCAUCCAUUUAAGUUGGCUAAUGAGUUUCAGUCAAUCAUGGAGGAAGAAAUAAUUGCUACUGAUGUGAAAUUAAAAGUUUUUCUGCCUAAAACAAUGUACUUCCUCUAUGAGGGAAAUAAUGAGUCUGUGUUGGAAAGGACAUUCGGCAGUAUAACGGCUGACACUGUUUUGUCCACAGUAUUUGAUAUUCAUUCAUCCAAGAUUAAAGAAGUGCUUCGCUACUCCCAGCUACCAAUACAACUACACUUAACUUAUACACUCCCAGAUGGAAGGAGUAGAUGGCGGAUCCUCAGCCAGAAAAGGCCGGUCACCAAUGAUGGUACUACUGCUCUGGAGUCCAUUGACCUGAACGUUCUGCAGAUCCACAGUGUUCAGUUCAGCGCUCGUCUUGCAAUGGAAGGACAUGUGAAUGAAGCCAGGACUGUGGCCCUGGAGUUAAAAGAAUUAAUAGACUUAGUAAUGAGACACGAGAAGUAUGAGGCUCAUGGUGUUGUAUAUGAAGAGUGGGAGAACUCUAUGUCUCCUAUCUAUGAAGAUCUACAGGAGUUUAUGAAGGAAAACUUGUCAAAGAAAACUGGGCAGGAUAGCCACAUGGAAAUUCCUGUAGUGAAGACUUUUUCAGAUGAAAUGGCAAAAAUGAUAUUUAACAUGAAGAGAGCCAAGAAGAAAGUGUUGAGUAAAUUAAGAAACUAGAGAGAAUGAAAAGGACAGUGAUCUCCAAUAACAUAUCAAGAGGUUUUUCAGCAAUGUGAAAGAACAUGACAGCUGGAUGUAUAUACUGUAUACAUAACCUACCUACAUCAUCUGCAAGAUACCAUAUCAAUGCUGUACACUCCCUCAGGUUUACACAAGGUACUGAGACUAUUCAAGAUGUCUCCUAAUGGAAGCAUCAUUCACAUGGGAGUGUUCUGGCCUCUCUGCCUGGAUUUAGGAAAUCUCUCAUUUUUACUGUGUGUAGGGUGAUAUUUAGUGGUUCAGUUGUUAGCACUUAUGCCUUACAGCAGGGAUCAGCAACCUCUGGCUUUUCUGAAACUACCACUCUCAAAGGCCUCCUUUCACUUCUAUGGGAGUUACAAGAACAGCUGAGCAAUUGCGCACUCUGGGAAUUGUAGUUUCACAGC